UUGAAAGGGUCUACUUCGGUGGGAAAAGAAACCCCCAUUUAUUGACGUGCCAAAGGCUGAGAGCGUAAACAGAAGAAACAAAGGAAAGCGCUUCUCUCGACGCGGACGAAGUCACGACUCCACUGCUUAAAAUCUGAAGAGAGAGAAAGACCAACCCGAUCCCUUUGCAGUUCGCCAAUUGAUCAAAAGAAUCGCCUACGGUUUUCAAACCGAAUUGAGAAGAAAAAGAAAGAAAGAAAGGAAGGAGAUCGAUCGGCGCUCUGAGAUCGAAAGAGGAAGAAAUGAAGAGAGUUUUUGGUGCGAAGAAGAACAAGGAGCCCCCUCCAACGAUCCAGGAUGCCACUGAUAGGAUAAAUAAAAGAGGUGAUACGGUGGAUGAGAAGAUUAAAAAACUUGACGCUGAGCUGGCUAGGUACAGAGAGCAAAUAAAGAAGACUAGACCAGGUCCUGCUCAGGAGGCUGUUAAAGCUCGAGCUAUGCGAGUUCUGAAGCAAAAGAAGAUGUAUGAAGGACAGCGUGAUAUGCUGUACAAUCAGACAUUCAACUUGGACCAAGUUGCCUUUGCUGCUGAGGGCAUCAAAGAUGCUCAACAAACUGUGUCCGCAUUGAAGUCAGCAAACAAGGAAUUGAAAGGGAUGAUGAAGACUGUGAAGAUUGAAGAUAUAGAUAGCAUGCAAGAUGAGAUGAUGGAUCUGAUGGAUGUUAGCUCAGAAAUUCAAGAAUCCCUUGGUAGAAGCUACAAUAUUCCUGAUGACAUAGAUGAGGACGAUCUUAUGGGUGGUAAGCUGAAUUUUACUUACCCUGGAGUAUUAUUUUCAGAUAUAACCAUGCAUUUUAUGGGCACUUUAAUUCUGGAUAGGAAAUCGUGGUUCUUUGUUGUUACCGUGGUUUAUCUUACCGUGUUGCUGCUUGUGUACGUUAAUGCAGAGCUUGAUGCUCUAGAAGCUGACAUGGGUGCAGAGACUGAAUCAGAUGCCAUGCCUUCAUAUCUGCAACCAGAUACGGAUCUGGAUGCAGAACUCAAUUUGCCUGCAGCUCCAACAGGGAAUGCAGUGCAAAACAGGCCAAAUGCUCAGGCUGAGGAUGAAUUUGGUUUACCAGCUGUGCCCAGAGCCUCUUUACGGGGUUAAGAGCAAGCGGCAGCUAGUAAUGAGGUUGAUGUUAAUACAUUCUUUUAUCUGUUGUGAUAUAGCUCCUUGUAUCCCCGCUGGAUGGACAAUGGCAAUAUCAGGCUGCUCGUCUGUGAACAUGUUUUUAUCUGUUCCCAAAGCUAAACUGUCAUUAAUGUGAGGGCAUAUUAUUAUAACCGUUUUUAUGGCUUCCCGUUCCAAUGUAAGCUUGUCCGCAUGGUGCUCAUCUUGUAUGUUUAUUUUGUGAUUCUUAGCUUGUACAGUGUUAUUAUGGUGCUCGCGAUUACAUUAAAUUUGAAAGAGACUAAUCUUCCGUA